CGUUUAGGAACUUACAAAUGUGGUUUCACGUGUGAGGGUUUCAGACUUUGUAUAGCCUAGACGCAGCACACUAGAGAUCUUUAUUCUCAGCAUCUUCCAGAGAACUGUGUGUGUGUGUGUGAGAGCAGAAGGACCUGUUGUGGAGGAUGGAGCUGCUCUAUGGACUGAUCCUGGCGGUGGCUGUCCUGGUUCUGGCUGAAGGACACAGCGGGGAAUCUGGAUGUCAGCUCUGGGACAACAGUAACGACAUUAUCGAUCGCAAAACAGUGUGCUGUACGAAGUGCCUUCCAGGACACCGUCUAAAAAGUAAAUGCGGUCCAAACCCAAAUGAUCUGUGUAUUCGCUGUGAAACUGACAACUUCAUCCCCAUCGAAAACACUGACGCAAUCCGAUGGAGCUGUCUGAGGUGUGAACAGUGUACAGGAGGUGGCAUGCGGGUGAAAGAGAAUUGCACCGCCAGCAGAAACACAAUUUGUGGGUGUUUACAAGGAUAUCGAUGUGGAAAUGACGAAUGCUCUCACUGCCUGAAAGACUGUGAGAAGGGAGAGCAACCUGCUGAAAGAGGCAAGUGUGAGCCGUGUCCUCCACGGAUGUACAAUGACAAGAUCCAUCAGCCCUGCGUGAACUGGACCAAAUGUACGCCUGACCGUCAAAUAAUUGUUCCUGGAAGUUCAUCUACAGAUGUGAUCUGUGGCCCUAAACCACAGACCAAACCAACAGUGUUGCCGUACAAUGAUGCAGAGAAAAAGGUCACGGUUAUUCUCAUCAUCUUCGGGCUCAUCUGCGUAACGAUACCUCUUGCUACAAUCCUCUACCUGGAGUGGAGAAGGAGAAAGGUCACCCAUAAAGAAAGAAAGCAACCAGGAGGACCGCCUCCGACGAGUCUUCCUGAAGAGCUCAGCUUCUGUUUUCCUCAGCAGGAGCACGGCAGUAGCAGUCAGAGCUCCAUAGACUCACUGCUCUCGCAGAGCAUCGGGCCUUUAGAGGCAUGAACGCUGGGAGCACAAAUCAUCAUUGUGUAUAUUGAGGAUAUGUAUAUUGUGUUUCGAUGUAAUGUAUAAUUUAUUUACUGAAUUCUAAUGUAAAUCAUGAUGCCAGUGACAUGUUGUAGCCAUUAAAGCAGCUGAGGUAUU